AUGGGGAACAGUCAGGGAAAGGAGUCGCGGCCUGGCUCGUCUCGCGGGCACUCACGCCCAUCGAGCACGCGCAAUCCGAGCUCACCCACUGCAUCCGGUCCCAGCGGGGCCUCGCACCACGACAGGUCGGGCAGCGGCGUAUAUGCUUCGCGGGGCGGGCGAGGAAGCAGGCACGACCUCUCCUUCCUCGGCAUCGGCGGCAGCUCCGAGCGUGACCCCGCCCUGGAACCACGGCGGGAGACCAAGGCAGAACGGGAGGCCCGUAAGCUGGAGAAAGACCGCGCUCUCAGGGCACAAGAGAGGGAGCGGAGUAUCCGCGAGGAGGGUGUAGAUGGCGGAUACCUGGUCACGCUUGGAACAUACACUGGCCCGGAGGACUUUAGCAAGCCCGUGGUCAGACAGCUACAGAUUGAGCGCCGAUUGGCUCCGUUCUGGAAAGGUCUCAAUGACCACUCCGAUACAUGGACGGAAUAUCAAUUGAUAGCAGUCGUGAACGGCCUCCCACUCCCUGCCCCCGACGAAGUCCCUCCAGAGGAACCUCCACGAUCAGACAAUCUCAGUCCCGAAUGGAACCCGCGCAGCUCGAAUACCAACAUCAACAGCCUCACCGUGCCCAUCACUUCACGAUCUCCCUCAUCAAACUCAGAUCGAUCUAUGAAUCUAACGCCCUCACACCCUGCAUUUUCGCUCCCUUCCCCUACCUCACCUAUCGCUGCCUCCCCGUCCUCGUCACCUUUCUUCCGAGGCCGGGCUAAGACGCUGGCUGCUCUCACCACAUCCUCCAGAAACAACUCCCAAACCGAGAUGACGCCGCAGGAGGUACAGCUCCCGCGGGAUCCAUACGUUAAUGGCCAACGCAUCGAGGUUUUCUUGUACAAGAAUGCUUCUGAGUGUCCAAUUUGUUUCCUAUACUACCCGCCCUACCUGAAUCGAACCCGAUGCUGUGAUCAGCCAAUUUGCUCCGAGUGCUUCGUGCAAAUCAAGAGACCCGAUCCUCACCCACCUGAACAUCAUGAUCCGAACAAUCCGAACAAUCCGCCAGAGCCCCAGGAAGAUAAUGUGUUGGUUUCGGAGCCAGCAGCGUGUCCUUUCUGUGUUCAGCCCGAAUUUGGCGUUACCUAUGAGCCCCCGCCGUUCAGGAGAGGACUGUCGUAUGCUAAUCAAGGGCAACAUCCCCUUGCCAAUGCUGCGUCUGCAAUGUCUUCGACAUCUUCCCUGAACUCGCAAGGCCUGACUUCUCCAGGUCGAAGGAGAGCAACGUCGCUUGCGGCGAACGACUCUAAUGUCAUUACGACUGAUAGGGUGCGGCCAGAUUGGGCCAAGAAAUUGGCAGACGCGCGGUCACAUGCUUUAAGAAGAGCUGCAGCUGCUACUGCAUUACAUAACGCAGCCUACAUGAUGGGUAACCUACAAGCUUCAGAAGGCCGUGGCUUUACAUUAGGGAGAAGGAGGCGGACCAUGUUCGGUGGCGAGAGUGCAGGUAGUAGCGGGCAUGGAACACCCCGUCGCGAAGGUGACAUCGGCGCACUGCUUUCUGCCGCCACCGGAGGAUCUUCAAACAGGCCAAACGAUGGGCAGGCUGAUUUGAUUGCCGGACGGCACAGCUCGAGACGUGGUAACAGGUUGGAGGACCUCGAAGAACUUAUGAUGAUGGAAGCGAUUCGCUUAAGUCUUGCGGCUGAGGAGGAACGCAAGAAGAAGGAAGAAAAGGAGGCCGUCAAGGAAGCCAAGAAAGAAGAAAAGAAAAAGGCCAAAGAGGCUAAGAAAGCGGAGAAAAGUGGGCGGAAGACUGGUUUUUUCCCGAUUGAUAUCGACGGCGAAUCAAACGCUGCAGGAUCAUCAUCCGCUGCAGGAAAAGGGAAGGCAGUUGACCGCUCAGGGGGCUCCGUUGGCUUUAAUCCACUAAGCGAGCAUACGUCCACACUCAGCACGAUGUCCUCGAAAGACGACCCUCAGCGGCAUCUUGAACAGAGCCGAGCGCAGAUCCAAAGGGAGACUUCAAGCACCAGCAACACGCCUUCUCCUUUCGACCCGUUCGCCGAGCAGCCAUCUCACAGAGCAGCACUUCGCAACCUCUCCAACACCUCUUCAUCCGCAUCGUCCUUGGCAGAAUCGCUACAAGGAUCUCUGCGUCAAGGCAGCCAAGGCGGUUUCGGUGCCUCAGCAUCAUCCUUCGAACCGAGUCCAAAUGCGUCCGGUAUCAGCCUCAACCACGAUGAGACGCCUCCACAUGGCACAUCUAGCACUGAACCGAUGUUCAAUUUCAGGAGCCUGGCUGCUGUCAUUACCAAUGAGGAUAGCAGCAGGGACGAUGAAAGUGUUGUCCAGCAUAUCGAGAACGUCGCUGGUGGCGAGCGAGCGGAUGGAGAAGGCUCGAGUCAUGUAAAGGAUUCUGUCGAAGGAGGGGAGAGCUCGAGCUCCAGGAGAUGGGCGCCGGAUAUCGCUGUCCAACCACCGCCGGAAUCUACAGUUACGGUGAAGAUGACGGCGACGGCGGAAAGUGCGACUAAGCUUCAGGUGCUCCCGGAGCCUGAGGAAAGUCUCGGAGAGAGUGUGCUUACGCUCAAGCCAACGAAAUGUAGUGUUAAUGGUGAGGACGAAAUUGGCCCCGCACCUCAGAUUGAAGUUGUAGCGAGUUCGCAUGAGGGUGAUGUGGAUUCGAAACAUAUCGAGGAUGUCAGUAUGGUGAAUUCUUUACAACAACCUACGCAGUGA